AUGCGGCCGACCACAUUCGCAGGUGUGGCCCGAGCUUCACGUACGAUCUGCGACAUUCACUGCGAUGUUGCAACAUCUUCCAGAGUCACCCUGUCCAGCUACUCUCUCCUAACAUGCCGUUCGCAAAGAGCCAUCGAUGCAAGUCGGCUGGCGACUGCGAUGAGCAGGUCCUUCUCAAUCCAUCCAAGAAGGUGCAAUAAGAAGCAAAGUGAAGAAGCACUUGCUGAGGGCUCGGCAUCAACAACAGCACCAGUAACGAAACGCAGAACGAAAAGAAGCACCACAGUGGCAUACGAUUCAAUGUCAACACAGAUACUGGGUGCCGAUGGAAAGCCGCUCUCUGCGCUGUCACCCCUAAUACCGCCAGCUACAAGAAAUAGAAGGACCAAAGCUCGCAUCAAGCCUGUAUCGCCUCCAGCUAGCGAUGCAGACACCACCACCAUCGGUUCUACUGGAGCCACAAAGCACGCUUCUGAUCCUGCUCCGACUUCGGACUUGGAGCCUUCUCCCCGCUGGCCACCCUUGGCAGCCUCUGUUCUAUCCGACAUGGCCCGAUUCCCCUCAACCAUCCUCCUUACCCGAGUUGGCGGUUUUUACGAAUCCUACUUCCACCAAGCCCCCCUCCUUUCCUCCAUCCUCUCCAUCAAGCUCGCAAUCCGUAAAUGGGGAGGUCAAGAAGUUCCCAUGGCCGGAUUCCCCGUCUUUCAGCUCGAGAAAUACCUCAAAAUCUUAGUUCUAGAGAAAAACCUCCUCGUGGCUAUCUCGGAAGAGUUUAGGGAGCAUGGGGAGAUUGUGAGGAGGGUGAACAGAGUGGUUAGCCCGGGUACGCUGAUUGAUGAGAAGUUUUUGGAUCCUUUCCAGAAUAAUUUCAUUGUUGGAGUGAGUGCGGAGGUGAAGGGGGGAGGGGAGGAACAGGGAGAUGGAAGACUUAGGUUUGGUAUAGCGUGGUUAGAUGUGGGUACUGCGGAUUUCAAUACGGCGGUGUGUGAAGAUUUGAAGAGUUUGAGGGAUGAACUUGCAAGGAUUGGGGGGAGGGAGGUGGUUGUUGAUGCUAGUACUAUCGAUGUUGAAGGCCUUGAAGCUGCCAAUCACACACAGGAUACAACAUCUUCAACAGUGGAAGAUGUUGCAGAGAGACAGGAUAGGGUAAAGCUAGACAUACGAGACCUAGUCACGGAUCCUUCUGUCUACAUUUCCCAUUUCCAACCCCCUCCUCCCUCGUCAGACACCUCAGAAUCCACCACUCCACUCCCACCUCCAUCUGUAGAGAUGGACCCCCUAGAAUCGCUCACAGUCCAAUCCCUAAUCUCCUACCUCCGCACACGUCUCCUUUCCCCCACAACCUCAACCCUAUUCUCAUCCCUCACCCUCACUUCCCCCUCCCACCAAGCUCUCUCAUCAUCAAUGCAAAUCGACGCGCACACCCUAGCCGCACUCGAGAUCCGCUCUACCUCCAACACCACCUCCACCCGCGGCUCUCUUUUAUCUACCAUCCGACGCACCGUAUCCAAAGGUGGGGCUCGAUUACUGACUCAGUGGUUAUGCAAUCCUUCCACAUCUCUCUCCACUAUUGAAGCUCGGUUGGAUUUGGUGGAGUUAUUACUGAAGCGGAAAGAGCUGAGGGAGGAUCUAAGGGGAGUACUAAGGCAAGGUGCGGGAGAUGUGAGUAGAGUGCUACAAAAGUUGAUUACGAGGAGAAACGACGAACAGGAUUUGUUGGAGGUAAGGGAUUCUAUUGGUGCUAUGAACCGGGUUAAGGAGCUCAUGGCAACAGAGAUGGGCUUUAUGCAAGAAGGGAGUAAAGAGAAAGGAGUGUUGCAGGGGCUGUGUGAGAAAUUCAACGAUCUUAGUGAUUUGGCGGCAAAGCUGGGGGAUGCGAUAGAUGAGAGGGUGAUAGCUGCUAGAUUGGAGAGGCAAGAGAAUCUGGCUCAUGAAGUUGAAGGUGUUGCUUCUGAUCUCAGGGAGAGUAGUGCUUCUGCUCGUUCGAAGAUCCGCAAUUUAGGCUCUAAGUCCAACAAAACUCAACAAGAGGAGGAAUGGGAAGAGGGAUUGUGGGGCGACUCUUUUGAACAUCUUAUUCGACCUUCUUCUUCCAAGCUCCUAACCUCUCUCACCCGUCAGUAUCAGUCCCUGCGACGUAGCGCUUUUCGGUUUGAAAAGGAUUUUCAGAGUACGUAUGGAGGAGAUUUUAUCUCACUCCGCUUCGUGAUGGGGCAAGGAUAUGUGAUCCAUUCUCGUGGGAAAGCCCUUCCUUCUACCCCACCCAAUGCUUCGACUGAGGGGGAAGGGGAAGAUUUGACGGUGCACAUCGCGGGGAAGAAUCGCAGCACACACACCUAUUACUCCUCCCUCUGGUCAUCUCUCGGAUCUCGCCUGGACCAAGCAGCGAAAGAAAUUUCGGCUGUGGAAGCGAUCGAACUCGAAACCCUCCGACAAUCCGUUCUCACCCACUCCAGCCGGCUUCGAACCAACGCCAAACUUCUCGAUCAAAUCGAUGUACUGCUAGGCUUUUCUCAAGCUGCAGAGGAGUACUCCCUCUCGAGGCCCAUAUUGGAUGAUUCGACUGACAUGAACAUCCUGUCCGCCCGUCAUCUCAGUGUUGAGCUGGGAUUGCUGGAAAGGGGAAGAUUGUUCACACCUAACUCCCUCUCCCUCACCUCCCCAGCCCCUCAAGGAGCAGGAGGAAAGGUUCAUGUAAUCACAGGCCCGAACAUGGGCGGAAAAUCCACUUUCCUCCGAUCCAUAGCACUCCUCACAAUCCUUGCUCAAUGCGGAUCAUUCAUCCCCGCCCUCCCCAACUCCCGUCUUGGCCUAGUCGACCGCAUCUUCACCCGAAUUGGCGCAAAUGACGACGUGUUUCGCGACAGAUCAACCUUCAUGGUCGAAAUGUCCGAAGUUGGGGAGAUACUAAACAGAGCAACAGAAAAGUCCCUGGUGAUAGCAGAUGAAAUCGGAAGAGGAACAAGUAAUUUAACGGGAAUAGCGGUCGGGUUUGCAACGUUGAAAACGUUAAGGGAGAGAGGGUGUAGGACUUUAUUCGCUAGUCAUUUUUAUGAGAUUUGCGAUUUGGUACAAUCGCAGGAGGAUGUGAAGGAGGGGGUGGAGUUUUGGGCUACAGAUGUGGAAGAAACCGAGGUGGGAGGGAUUGUUUAUUCUCAUGUGUUGAGACCGGGAGUGAAUAGGGAGAGUUAUGGAUUGCAGGUUGCUAGGUUGGCGAGGUUGCCUGAUUCGACGCUCAAGAUUGCUGAAGAGACACUUGCUUCGCUCAAAGCUAAGACUGGCCAGCCCUAG